AUGGACUCUCCACGCGUGGCCAAUGCCCCUUUCGACGCCCCCGAUGCUGAUUUCAUCCUCCGGACAUCGGAUGACGUCGACUUUCGUGUCUUUAAGGCAGUUUUAUCGCUCGCGUCCCCGGUGUUCAAGGACAUGCUAAGCCUUCCGCAGCCAACCUUGGCCUCUUCCCCCACCGAAACCCCCGUCGUACCCAUAUCAGAGACAAGCACUGUGCUGGAACCCCUCCUCCUCAUUUGUUAUCCGUCAAUGCCGCCGGUCCUCGAGACGUUGCAGGGCGUACGCGCCCUACUGGAGAUCGCCAGCAAGUACGACAUCGCGUGCGCCGUGCAGUACGCUACUACGCACCUCACUCUGCCGCAUUUUCUGGAGGCGAACCCUGUCAGCGUGUACUGCAUCGCGGCCUGCUACGGCAUAGAGUCGGUGGCCAGAGCCGCGGCGCGCCAAACCCUCAACAUCGCGUCCCUCGGAAGACCCAGUGCAUACGUCGAGGAGAUGGAGCUGGUGCCGGCACCCACAUACCACCGCCUCCUCGACUACCACUACCGGUGCGGCCAGGCUGCC